AUGAUACAAGAAAUGUACAGGGUGAGAAGCAGUGUUGGAGAGACGGAUGGCUUUGAGGUAAAAGUGGGACAACUUAGCUCGUUCAUCUUCAACAUCGUGAUGGAUGUGACGACCAGGAAUGUAAGAGAGACAGUGUCAUGGAGCAUAUUGUAUGCUGAUGACAUUGCCUUGUUGGAUGCUUGUGGGAACAUGGAUGAAGAAGUGAAGCAUCGAGUACAGGCGGGGUGGAACAACUGGAGGUCUGCCUCUAGGGUUCUCUGUGACAAGAAAGUACCUCUAAGACUGAAGGGAAAGUUUCAUAGGGUAGUUAUUAGACCAACCAUGCCGUAUGGAACAGAAACAGUAAAUAUGAAAGAGACAGAGGAGAAAAGGAUGGAUGUAACAGAAAUGAGAAUGUUGAGGUGGAUGUGUAGGGUACAAAGAGAGGAUAGGAUUAGGAAUGAGUACAUAAGAGAGUCGACAAUGGUGGUAGAAAUAUCAAAGAAAAUACAGGACGGGAGACUGAGAAGGUACGGACACCUGCUGAGAGGGAGGAAGACCAUGUUGGAAGACAUACAAUGGAGAUGA